GAGUAAGUGUUACCCUUGGCGGUAUGAGUCAGAGCUAGAAUAUUUCCUUCCCUCCAGGCAAGUUCCCAUACUUACCGGGCCCGCCCCCUUCCUGGCCUAAACUGCUUUGCACCUUUCCUGUCGGGAACUCCCUCGUACGUUUUGUUCUCCUGUUGAGCCCCUGGUAAAGCCAUGAAGCUUGUGAGGAAGGACAUUGAGAAGGACAGUGCGGGGCAGGUGACCCUGGUCCCCGAAGAGCCUGAGGACAUGUGGCACACUUACAAUCUAGUGCAGGUAGGCGACAGCUUGCGCGCCUCCACUAUCCGUAAGGUACAGACCGAGUCCUCCACGGGAAGCGUGGGAAGCAACCGGGUCCGCACUACUCUCACUCUCAGCGUGGAGGCGAUCGACUUUGACUCUCAAGCCUGUCAGCUGAGGGUUAAGGGAACUAACAUCCAAGAGAACGAGUAUGUCAAGAUGGGGGCUUACCACACUAUAGAGCUGGAGCCCAACCGCCAGUUCACCCUGGCAAAGAAACAGUGGGACAGUGUGGUUCUGGAGCGCAUCGAGCAAGCCUGUGACCCAGCCUGGAGUGCUGAUGUGGCGGCUGUUGUCAUGCAGGAAGGCCUCGCCCAUAUCUGCUUAGUCACUCCCAGCAUGACCCUCACCCGGGCCAAGGUGGAGGUGAACAUUCCUAGGAAACGGAAAGGCAACUGCUCCCAGCAUGACCGAGCCUUAGAGCGGUUCUAUGAGCAAGUGGUCCAAGCCAUCCAACGCCACAUAAACUUUGAUGUUGUAAAGUGCGUCCUUGUGGCCAGCCCAGGAUUUGUGCGGGAGCAGUUCUGCGACUACAUGUUUCAACAAGCAGUGAAGACGGACAACAAAGUUCUCCUGGAAAAUCGGUCCAAAUUCCUUCAGGUACAUGCCUCCUCUGGACACAAGUACUCCCUGAAAGAGGCCCUUUGUGACCCUACUGUAGCUAGCCGUCUUUCAGACACUAAAGCUGCUGGGGAAGUAAAAGCCUUAGAUGACUUCUAUAAAAUGUUACAGCAUGAACCUGACCGGGCUUUCUAUGGACUCAAGCAGGUGGAGAAAGCCAAUGAAGCCAUGGCAAUUGAUACGUUGCUCAUCAGUGAUGAGCUCUUCAGGCACCAGGAUGUAGCCACACGGAGUCGGUAUGUGAGGCUGGUGGACAGUGUGAAAGACAAUGCAGGCACAGUUAGGAUAUUCUCUAGUCUUCAUGUAUCUGGGGAGCAGCUCAGCCAAUUGACUGGAGUAGCUGCUAUUCUCCGCUUUCCUGUCCCUGAGCUUUCUGACCAAGAGGAUGAUUCCAGUUCUGAAGAGGAUUAGCCAUUGAAGCAUGAGACAACCUGUAUCUGACUUCUUCACUGUGACAUUUUCAUGGCUUUGACAGCAGCUCCAAGAGUGGCAUUUUUUGAUUCAUACUGACAUUUUCCCUACCUCGGGUAACACUUGGUAUUUCAUGGUUUGCAGAACAUGUAUUCAAACUAAACAAUAAACUAAAAGGAAAUAAU